GAGGAACCAUUUGUGAUGGUGUCUGAAAAUGUUUUGGGCAAAACAAAGAAAUAUCAGGGUUUUUCAAUUGAUGUCCUGGAAUCUUUAUCUACUUACCUUGGCUUCACAUAUGAAAUUUAUGUUGCACCAGAUCAGAAAUAUGGACUUCCACUGGAGAAUGGGACUUGGAAUGGACUGAUAGGAGAACUAGUAUUAAAGAGAGCUGAUAUAGGCAUUUCUGCAUUAACUAUUACACCAGAUCGGGAAAAUGUGGUUGAUUUUACAACUCGCUACAUGGACUACUCAGUGGGAGUCUUGCUACAAAAGGCUGAAAAGACCAUGGAUAUGUUUGCUUGUUUGGCACCAUUUGACCUCUCCCUCUGGGCUUGUAUAGCUGGCACAGUCCUGCUGGUAGGACUCUUGGUAUAUCUUCUCAACUGGCUUAAUCCUCCACGACUUCAGAUGGGAUCAAUGACCUCAACAACACUCUACAACUCCAUGUGGUUUGUGUAUGGAUCCUUCGUGCAGCAAGGAGGAGAAGUUCCCUAUACCACACUGGCAACUCGAAUGAUGAUGGGUGCCUGGUGGCUAUUUGCCUUGAUCGUCAUCUCAUCUUACACGGCAAAUCUAGCAGCUUUUCUCACCAUCACCCGCAUUGAGAACUCCAUCCAGUCUCUUCAAGAUCUCUCCCGGCAGACAGAUAUUCCUUAUGGCACUGUUUUGGAUUCUGCAGUCUAUGAACAUGUACGGGUGAAAGGGAUGAAUCCUUUUGAGAAGAAUAACAUGUAUUCAAAGUUGUGGCAGAUGAUUAACCGAAGUAAUGGAUCUGAGAACAAUGUGCAAGAAUCCCAGAUAGGCAUUCAUAAGGUCAAAUAUGGAAAUUACGCCUUUGUUUGGGAUGCAGCAGUUUUGGAAUAUGUUGCUCUGAAUGACCCAGAUUGUUCCUUCUACACUGUUGGAAAUACUAUUGCAGAUCGAGGAUAUGGAAUAGCUCUUCAACAUGGAAGCCCCUACAGAGAUGUCUUCUCACAAAGGAUCCUAGAACUUCAGCAGAAUGGACACAUGGAUCUCCUGAAGCAUAAGUGGUGGCCAAAGAAUUCCCAGUGUGAUCUGCACUCCUCUGUGGACCCCAAACAUAAAGGGGGAGCCUUGGACAUAAAAAGCUUUGCAGGUGUUUUUUGCAUACUGGCAGCUGGGAUUGUUCUCUCCUGCUUAAUUGCCAUGUUGGAAACAUGGUGGAAUAAAAGAAAAGGCUCGCAGGUUCCUUCAAAAGAGGAUGACAAAGAAAUUGAUCUGGAGCAUCUCCACAGACGUGUGAACAGUCUCUGCACAGAUGAUGAAAGUCCCCAUAAACAGUUUUCCACUUCAUCCAUUGACUUGACUCCACUGGACAUUGAUACUUUGCCCACGCGUCAAGCACUGGAGCAAAUCAGUGACUUCAGGAACACUCACAUCACUACCACAACCUUCAUUCCAGAGCAGAUCCAGACUCUUAGUCGCACACUUUCAGCUAAAGCUGCUUCUGGAUUCUCUUUCGGCAAUGUGCCUGAACACCGGACUGGCCCUUUUAGGCACAGGGCUCCAAAUGGGGGCUUUUUCAGAAGUCCUAUCAAAACAAUGUCUUCGAUUCCGUAUCAACCCACUCCAACUUUAGGGCUUAACAUCGGUAACGAUCCAGACCGAGGCACAUCCAUAUAAAGCUUCAGACAUUGCUUUGUCACUGUUUCUUCUUAGGACUCCCUUUGCAAGGAGCGGCUGUGAUAUUGUGGAACUAACUUGGAUGUAACUUUUUUAAAAAGAAAUCGGGAGUAUUAGUAACAACUCAUUAUCCUUUCUCUUGCCCUCCUCUUUUUCAUUUUUCUCUCUUAUACUAUGUUAGGCCAUGAUUUUUCAGUUUCCUUAGGGUAGGCACAUUGGCUAAAUUAAAGUGGUUCUGGAGUAAGUCUUUUCUAGAACGUAUUAUGACUUAGCUUUGUAACCAUCAGGCUGCUGGAACUAUUCUGAAGUAAGUGCAACCUGAGCUACUGUAGGAAAGCUACCUGCUAUCCUCCUAAAAUUGUAUUAGUGGUUAUUCAGCUGUGCAGGUCUUCAAUUAUGAUUUCAACAGAUGUUUCUGAGCGCACCAGGAUGUAAAUGUAACAACUGUUUACCAUUCUGUAAAGCAGCCAUGUCUUUUUUAGGCAUUGUGUAGCAGCUUUAAGAUCCCAGGAAAAAAAAAAACAAGUGUUUAAAUGUUCAUACAGGUGCUAUGCUUGUAUUCCCACCCGUUCCAAAGCACCAUUCUGGAAAUGAAUCUGAAGGUCUACAGAGCAUUAUGUCAUAACACUUGAAAUAUAUAGGAACUAAAUAUGGAGUCUGUAUCAAAAAUACAAUGUUAUUUCACUGAAAUACCUUUGAAUUGGUUUUAUUAUUAUACCAAUAAUGUCUGUUCUCUGACAUCCAUUUCAUGCUUCUCUGCUACUGUGCGUCCUUUUAACUGUGGACCAAAGGCCAACCUUGCAGUUUUUGUAAGAAAACGAAAAUGAGAGAAACGGUAAAGAGAAGGGAGAGACUAUUAAAUAUGAGAAUGCAAUUUUGUAGAAUUUCACCAAGCCAUUGCUAUGCCAGUAAAGACUACAGUUAAAUCUCCUUUUUGCACUGCAACAGUGCAUAUGAUCUUUCUGGAAUUGUACAGAGUUUAAAAGUUUUUGUUUUCUUAUGUACAGAGAACUGUAUCAUAUGGCAGAAUCUUCUGUUAAAUAAAUUAGUCUCUCAUACAUAUAUAUACACCUAUAUAUAUAUAUACAUGCUUUGGUAUAUGUGAGUGGGCGUGUGUGGGAGGGUAUAUAUGUAUAUACAUGUGCACACACACGCGCGCACACAUAUAUUAUAUAUCUAUAAAAUGGCAGCCAGUGCUAUUGCAAUUUGUCUAAUAAAGCUUUAGUAAAAACAAGUGUAUUCUGGAAAGAUGUACAGGACAAAGAGAUGGGGUGCUUUAAUGCUAUUCUGAUUUACAUUGUUUGGUUAAACGUAUUUUAUACUGUUCUUUUUUUUAUUAGAUCAUCCAGGGCAAUUUAACAUUUGUACCUAAAUGUGCAAGUCACUAAUUUAGAUUUAUUUUUAUUUUUAUUUGCGAUCACUAUUCAACAGUGUUGAAAGUUAUGGUUAAUCAUGCUUUUACAUUAAAUUGCAAAAUUGGAAAGCACUCAUUAGGUUAAAAACACAAAUACAUAUCCAGGUAUGUCUGAUUUACUGGCUCUCAGGAGCAUGAAAAACAGAUCAUGCAAGGUGAAUAAGCCCUAUUGAAAUCAAUACUGUCAAUCUUUGGAAAAGAGAAGAGAGUUUACAUAAAGAAGGCUGUUGAAAAUGAUUGGUGUGGCCUUAACUGCAGUCCUAUUGUGCUCCAAGAAAGAGGGAAUGGGGAGAGAAAAAAAUAAGCUUUUGUUUAAAUCUUUAUUACGUAUUCAAUUAUAGAUGUAUUUUUGAUGUGAGUUCCAAUUGUAUAGAAUGAUAAGCUGAUGACAGCAAAAACAAAACGGCACCUCCUUUGGCCUGGUGACAUUUUUGAAGCUAACACUCUACUUGUUCAGAACUGUAAAAAUGAGCUUCGGUUGUAAUUCUUAUAAACUAAACUGCGGUUAAGUAGAAAGCAAGCCAACUUAUUACGUGUUUUUGUUUGUUUUAAUUUGAUAUGAUAUUUAUGUUAAUCUAACUCAGUUAUGUGGAUAGGACUUGAUUAUAAGAACCAGCUUAGGUGAUCUGCUCUAGGAAAAAUUCAAAGUAUAUUCUUCAAAUCUAUUCUAUUUUGAUGCCUAAUACUGUUCUGGGAGAACAUCUUGUAAUGUCCUUGUUUUUUUUUGUAUGAAAUCUGCAUAAUAUUGUCUACUGUGUAAGGCAGAACAAUUUUCUUAUCAUGAGGAAGGCCAUUCUGUUUUCAGGGUACAAGUGUUUAAAAGCAUGCACAACUUGUUUCCCCUUGUAACAUUCAUGAACAUCUACACAACUGAUUUAUAAAAGAAAAAAAAAGAACAAAAAAAGGGAAAAAAAUCUUUACAAGCUAUAGGGGUAUACCAGAUGUUGCGGCGGUUUUAGUGAUAAUCCAAUUAUUUUCAUGUGUUGUCUAUUAUACACAAACACAAUUUGGAGGCCUCGGUUGCAAGUGGCAGAGCUUUCUGUGUAUAAUUUGUCUAAAUAAUUUGUCUAAUAAAAUGGUUUUUUAAACUUGCCUCUCUGCCUA